UCCUCUUCCCAGGUUGACAGUGAGUCCUGCUGUCAUCAGAGAGAGAGACUCAGUUCAGCUGAGCUGUGAGACUCCUCCAUCCGUCUCCGUGUCUCAGUGUUAUCUCUUCACUGAGAAGCGAGACUAUAAACCAUCCUGUCGGCAGACACUCACAGGGACUGAGCUCCUCUCGUGGUCAGAUCAACGUUCACCUGCUGUGGUCAACGUGAGAUGUUACUACUACGCUGUAGGGAGUUAUAACCCAUCCUCUCACAGUGAUCCUGUCUCGGUCACUGUCGAAGUCCCUCCUCAGCUGACAGUGAGUCCUGACGUCAUCAGGGAUACAGACACAGUUCAGCUGCGAUGUCACACUUCUCAAUCUACCUCUGUGUCUCAGUGUUACUUCUACAUAGAGGAAAGACAACAUUUCCAACAUACCACAUCCUGUCAUCAUUCACUCACAGGGACCAAGCUGCUUGAAUGGGCAGGUCGUGGUCCAACCACCAAGGUCAACAUGAGAUGUAUCUACUAUGAUGUAGAGAUGUCUAUCUACUCUCCUUACAGUGACCCUGUCUCAGUCACUCUCCUGGACCUCCCUCAGCCCAGGCUGACAGUGAGUUCUACAGUCAUCAGAGAGAGAGACUCAGUUCAGCUGAGCUGUGACGCUCCUCCAUCUGUCUCUGUGUCUCAGUGUUACUUCUACACAGAGGGGAGAGAUCCUAAACCCUCACCCUGUACGAGGUCACUCACGGGGACUGAGCUGCUCUCGUGGGCAGGUGAACGUUUAUCUGCUGAGGUCAAACUGAGAUGUUUUUACACAGUAGAGACUCACUAUCCAUCAACGCACAGUCAUCCUGCGCCUAUCACUAUUCUUGGUAAACUGCAGAAACCAGACAUUAGUGUCAAUGACGAAUCUUCUCAUGACAUCACCAUUAUUUGUGUACUUCCUGAGUCUGUCAGUGAUGGUCAUAGCUGUAACCUGUACACUGGAGACCAGCCUCAGGCCUACAAAGAGGCUUGGGUCGGGAGAUUUAACGCAACAUUAUCCAAACUAUUCUGUACCUUCCGUGUCACUAAGAAUGAUCUGUUCAGGCAUCUGCAGUUGGAGAGAGAUGUGAGCUGUGACUAUAGAGUGAACACAGGAUCACACUCUCUGUCUCCCCGCAGUGAUAAAUACAUUAUUACAGGUCAGAAACCAAAUAUUACAGUUAGUCUGAAAGAGAACCUCAUCAUCACCUGUUUAAUUCCUGGCUCUGUCAGUAAUGACACCACCUGUAACCUGUAUGUUGGAGAGCAGAGUAAGCGUCUUUUUAGAGCACACGUCUGGAAGAAGAAACACACAGAUUCCAAAUGCUGGUUCUGUCAAUUCUCUGUGGACGAGAAUGAUCUUAUUAGAAGUCUACAGUCAGUGAGGAGUAAGGAGGUGAGCUGUGACUACAGCGUGAGCUCAGGACCAAACUCUCUCUCACCACGCAGUGAUGGGUACAGCUUUACAGGUGAGUCAUUAUCUAUAAGGUAAUAAUCUAUCAGUGCUGCAGGUCU